GAACGUAUGAUGGCCAACAAAAAGGUAAAUAAAUCCCCUUUUUAGUGACUUCUACCUUUUCAUUUUCUCAUUUAUCUGACAAAUCUUAUUAACGUUAAAAAUGUACAGUGAAUACGAUAUACAAUGCCCAAUGCUCCGAUAACAGAUGUACAUUGUACACAGGGCUAAGGUCUAAAAGAGGGCUAGUUUAGCAAGUGAGGUUGGGUGAGUUAUUUGAUGAAAAACCGGUGAACUUGAACAAUAUGGUAUCCAAUCCCAGGGUAACACAACAUACAUUAUAUUAUACACAGGUUUAUACCAUCCUUCUUCCUGCAGCUUAAUAUUAUUAUAGACAUAGCGAAGCUAAGACAUACUUACUCAAGUGAUAAAUCGCAAGAUCAAUAUCAUUAUUGAAGACAUGUGAACUAAAAUAGCUUAAAUUGAAAUAGCUGUUAGUUACUAUUGAAAUAUGUUACAUAAAUAUAUCUAAGUGAUACACGCAUAGUUUAAUUGGUAGCUCUUCAGUUCGUGAGCUAUUAAACUAAUUUUACUAAUAGCCACGAUGUGUUAAAAGAUUUUGAUCUGAGUUGACGAUUUUUAAAUCAAUCUGUGAGAUUUAGCUAAAACUGUGGCUGGAUAUAUUGCAGUUCAUUUCCGAUUGGUUAUAGAAAUCAAACCUACACAUAAAACUCACUGAUAUAUAUAUUCGGAUAAAAAUCAAACUACACCUCUUGCAGUCCAUGGAUAGAAAUAAAAUUUGUAUGCAGAGUUUAAAUAAGAUCUCUCUGUAAUCUAUUCUUUGUCUGGACCCGUCUGUUAGCUAGGUUUGUAGGUCGGAUAGACAACCAUUCAGACAACAUAGAUAUUUAAGAUUGAACUUUGUCUCAAUGUUGUUCAUAUUCCUUGUUCUCCAGUUCAUUCCCGUCUUCAGUCAUGAAUCAUGUGAGAGUUCUGAUAAGAUCUCCGAUUCCUCCGAACCCGAAGCUUGUGAGAAGAAGGAUAUCUCCUGGUAUGACAUAGACUACCGAGCCUAUAUGCUGAAGGACCUAGAGAACAGGGAUAGAGGAGAACUUCUACAAACCUACAGAAUUAAUGUUGCUAAAAGCUCUAGAUUAAAACCUAACAGAACUGUUCCUGAUAAUCGUCCUGAAGUAUGCCGGAGUAAGACCUAUAGCAGUGAUCUACCUGAUGUAUCUGUAAUUAUUACAUACUAUGAGGAACCUAGAUCCACCCUGCUUAGAACCAUCGUAUCCGUCCUUACUAGAACAGAACCCAGUCUCUUGAAGGAGAUAGUUCUAGUUGAUGAUUUUAAUGAUGAUCCAAGUAUCGGAGUAGAGUUGGCGAGGAUUGAGAAGGUUAAUCUUGUCCGUAAUACCCAGAGAGAAGGUUUGAUGAGAUCUAGAUCUCGCGGAGUUGAGAUAUCUCAAGCGGAAACCGUCCUUUUCCUUGAUUCUCAUUGUGAGGUUGAACCUGGUUGGUUGGAACCUCUCCUUGAGAGGGUUCAGCUCAAUCCCAGAGCAAUUGUAUCUCCGGUCAUAGAAAAUAUAAACUUUGAAACAUUUAAGUUUGAAGCAGUCUCUACAUUCCUUCGAGGAGGGUUUGACUGGGGAUUAGAGUUUUUCUGGGAGUAUGUUACACCAUCAGAUCGGGCUGAGAAGAUUAGAGAUCCCAGUUAUCCGGUAGCAACGCCGGUCAUAGCAGGCGGACUGUUUGCAGCUAGCAGGUCCUGGUUCCUAGAGUUAGGAGGGUAUGAUGCUGGGAUGAAUAUCUGGGGUGGAGAGCAGAUAGAAUUAUCUCUAAGAAACUGGAUGUGCGGGGGACGGAUGGAGAUCGUACCGUGCUCCAAAGUUGGCCAUAUUUACAAGCAUAAGGUUGAUGUUGUACCAAGAGAAGACAGGAGUGAGUUCAUUCAUUGUAACAAUAUGAGAACUGCACAGAUUUGGUUGGAUCAGUUCUUUCCUAUCUUCAAUUCAACUCUGUCAUCCAGGUUCAAGGAUAAGGAUUGUGGAGAUAUUACAGAAAGAAGGGAACUGAGGAAACAUCUGAAUUGCAAGAAUAUGGAUUGGUACUUGAGGAAUGUUUAUCCUGAGUUACAGAUCCCACGGGAGGAUGAUUUAAGUUUUGGAAAUAUUCACACAAACCAACCAUCCUGGCUUCUCUGUCUAGACCCUACAGCGAAUGCAGGAGAGAGAAAUAUUGGUGUCCGACCCUGUCUUGAAUCUCAGAGUACUCAACAAUUCCACUACUCUAAACACUUCAGUAUCAUUCAGGAUGAUUUCUGUUUAAACCUCCCGGAACCAAAGCUCGGAGUUGAGGUUGGGAUGGAUUUGUGUUCUCCAGGUUCAGAGCUCCAACGAUGGAAGCGGAUUUAUCCUGGGAAGAAAAUAGCGGAGAAGACAGGACUGAGGGGGUUCCUCUUUAAGAAUGAGAAAUAUGAUCUAUGUUUGGACGGAGAGGAAAUAUCAAUGAAUAAAGGAUUACUGGUGAGACGAUGUGAUUUCCAAUCUGUUCACCAGCGCUUCAUGAUACAAUACAAUGCUCCACUAAGAUGAUUUGUUUCAGAAAUUCAAUCAAAAAUAAAGUU